GAAAAACUGGUUUUCCAGAAAACCGGGUCUUAAAGGGCCCUCCGCCCAAAUCCUUUUAGCCUUUUUGCCUACUCGAGGUCCUCUAUCGAAUGAUGUAUGAACGAUCGAAAUCGGAGCCGGACACCUGGGGCGGUUCCCUCGUAAGUGAGAUUUUCAUAAAGUGAUUACAAAAAUAGAUUGAAGUGACAUAAUGAAAAUAAGUAUUUUAUUAUUUAAGUAGGAAAAGUAAGCGGCUUUAUUAUUUUUUUAUCUGUCAUCAUUCAAGGUAUAUCAACUCAAUUCUGAAAAUUUUAGUCAGAUUGAUUAGAAGUUGAUGAAGUAAUGCAGAGACGCAAAAUGAUCGAUAAUCUAUGUUUUCAUUCAUUUUCAAAGUUCCUCCAACACGUAGAGUUGAUGCUUCUCGAAAAAAGCUGUUACUAUACCGACAGCAUGAUAGAUGGCGCUUUCAGAUUUAUGCAGAAUUAAAGAAUCUUUUUAAUUACUUUAUGCGAAUCUCAUCUGAUAUUACGAUGAUUAGAUGUGUCUAACUCUCUGUUCUAUAUUCAGAAAAAGUUAUCUACUUGACUUCUAGAUAAUAUAACUUGAACUAGAGAGCAAUUAUGCUGCGCACAAGUUACGAUGUCGACAGACUCUGUCUUUAGCAAGUUAUCAAUUCAGUCAGUAGAUUUCCGCUACAUCACUCUCACUGUGAUUUUCUAUUUCAACUACUUUAAAAGACAUAAUUAGAGAGAAUAAUAGAAAGGAGAACGAAAUAUAAAGAACAGAGAAACAGAAAUAAGACAAUAAUUUUUCUUCUUAAGAACAAAUGGCGCCGGACAACUAAAUAUACAAAAAUUUCAAAGUCCAAAAUACAUUCUUCUUUCACUUGUGGUGCUUAUGGCAUCGAAUCUGGACGUUUAUUUACGAGAAAAAUGUGCAUUGAUCAAUCUCCAAUGUCAGAAGAAUAUCGUACCUUUUCCAGAACUUUUCUAGCUUUCAUAGUUCUCUAGAUCACGAGGUGCACAUUUUACCCAAAAAGGGACGACAAGAAAAUAAAAAACAAAAUUCCCAGCAAAAAUACAUAAUGUCUGUCGACAUAAAAACAAUAAUUGGCAUGUUUGAAUUGCCAGUAGAAUUAGAAAUACCAGCUCUUAAUAAAUGCCAAAUGGGAGAAAAAUAAAAGACGUGCUAAUGAUUUUUUAUGGCUUACUGUUUGUUUUAUUAGAUUACUCAAAAUACAUCAGUUCAAAAUGUUCUCCGUCAAUCUGAAGAAAGUCAUAUUGAACAGGCUAUGCUUGAUGAUAAAAUAAUGGCAACAGAUUGGGAAGCAACACAAGAUGAGUUAAUUCAUCAAGUUGCACGUGAGUCGUAUUUACAAUGGGUUUGUGAAACUGAACAGCAAAUGAAUAACGAUAAAUCAAUGCCGUCAACGAGUUAUUCAAUGACAACAUCUGGCAGUGUUAUUCAUCCUUUACAAAAAACUGAUGAGGAUACAUCUCCAAAAAAUCCAUUACCAUUACGACUUGAUGAGAGAAAAGACUGUGAAUUUGCUCUUCCAUUUCAUUAUGAUAAUGGUGCUAGUACAUCGGCAAAUAUUGAUGAUGAUGAAUCACUUUUAAAACAAGUAUUAGCCAUAUCUCAAUUUGAAUAUAUUGAAGAAUUGAAAAAAUCAAAUCAAGCAACUCAUUCAGAAGAGAUAAAUACUACUACAACGGUAACAGUGAAUAAUGAAGAUCAGAUAGCAAUUGAUAAUAAUUUUGACAAAAAAUUGUAA